AUGGACGUCAUCGACUCCAUGGUGGACCCCCUCCGCGAGUUCGCCAAGGACAGCGUCCGCCUCAUCAAGCGCUGCCACAAGCCCGACCGCAAGGAUCUGACGCUGAUUGGGCGCGCGGAGUUCACCAAGGUGGCGGCGCGGACGGUGAUCGGGUUCCUCGUCAUGGGGUUCGUCGGCUUCUUUGUCAAGCUCAUCUUCAUCCCCAUCAACAACAUCAUCGUCGGCUCCGGCUAGGUGCGAACGCGUCUCCUCCGAUCCCGUCUCCCUCUUGUUUGCACGGUUUAGUUAGACUUGGG